AUUCCCCUACUGAUGAUGCACCUUGGAGAUUUUUGAAAUCUCCUAUGUGAACAUCACUUCUAUCCCGACACAGUCACGAGAUACGGGAUACCCAAAUAUCAAAUAUCAAUAUCCAGCAAACUCUUACAAUAUUUCAUGCAAUACUGUGGGCGGAAUUAGUUUGCCGGUAAUAGGAGUAUCGGCGUAUCGAUUAUCUUUUGAAGGAAGUGGGUUGUACCAAAAACCACAUCAGGACUUCCACCAGUCAAUUCGGUACUGAAAAACGAAUACUCUAAAAAGAACGAAAACCUUCAAUCAUAAUUAUUAUUUUACAAAAAGCUUGUCUGCAACGACAAUGACUAGAUGUCACUUCUUUUCAUUGAACGCUUUUGUUAAUCUACUCCCUUAAUCUACAUCACUUCAAAAGUAUUUACUCUACAAUCGCUCCUCCACCAAUUUGCGAUUUCGACACUGUCCAAUCUGGACAUCUACACUCAUUUCCGCGAUUUGAUUUACUACUAAAGUAUACUCUUCAUCAUGGCUACCGCGCCAAUGACGACGGACCCCUCGAGGCUGUCAUUCGCAAAGGUGCGCAAAUCUACCAGGUAUUCCCUCAGAACACUUGGUGAAUUGUCACCGGUGGACUCAUGGAUUCGCUAUUAUAUCUAAGUGCUCUGCUAACAAGAUUGAUCAUAGGUUGCUGCCUCAGCUGGGAAGGACAAUGUGGCUCUAGCUUCUUUCGCAAAAAUUGCUGCUUCCUCAACUGCUGUACGAGAUACAAAACUUGAGAAUAUAGCCCCAACCGUACAUGGGAGUAAAAACACAGACAGACCUAGUGCUACAAGCAAUGAUAUUGGCACGACCACUCACAAGGAAACGGUCGCAGCGACAAACGAUCAAACUUCAAAGAGCGGGACGGUUGCUAAAAAGGAACCUGAUUUGGUGGAGACAGUCAAAGCGAUGCAUAUUCGUGAUACUACACCAAGUCUUGUUGUCAAUGGUUCGGGGAUAGCACCUGCUACCCACAAACGAGACUUGGGAGAAGGUUUUCCCGAUGAUCCAUUUCAGAGAACAGAAUCCGGGUCCGAUCUGGGCACAAAGCCUCCAAGCUUGGAUGGAAAGAGCAUAACUUCAGGUACAACGUUUGCUUUGGAUGAGAAGGAGUCCUUGCGUCCCGAUGAUAGCGCAAGCGUAAAAGCAGCUGAAGAUGAUGAUACAUUUUCGGGUCGCGGUUCUAUCGUUGCCGGCUCUAGGAUUGGGUCGGAAGCAGCUGCAAGAGCUUACCGUGCUCAAUUUUACGAAGCCCCUGAUCGACGUAGUAUCCAACUCAUGCAGGAGCGCCAAACUCAGGGCAUUGUUACUCCCCAAAGUGGAUCGUCCGGGCAGCAAACCACAGAUGAUAAAUCUAAGCCACUUGUAGGUCCAGCGGGAUCAACUGAAGCGUUUACACUUUUCUAUCGACAGACUCCGGACGAAAAGCUUCUAGAGGCCCUGGAAUCACCAAAGGACCGCAUAUUUCUGCUUCGCCUUGAGCAAGAUGUUAUUGAGUUUGUGAAGGAUUCUAAGUAAGAGCUAAAAUCCUAGCUAACGAUCGUUGUUGUAUGACUAACAUGCUUACAGGGAGCCUUUCAUUGAUCUGCCACCAUGCAAUUCGUUCUGCAGAAUGCUAACUCACAAGUUGGCUGAUUACUACCACAUGACACAUCAAGUUGAUGCUGUAGUUGGGGCAGUUCGUAUCUUUAGAACGCCAUUCUGCAGAAUUCCGCCAUCUUUAACGAGCAUCUCCAACCCACCUACUACUGGAAAUACCCCUCCUCCUAACCUACCUGCCAUGAAGAUUAUGCGUAGAGGUGGUGAUGGUGAUACUGGACUUAGCCCUUCAAAAGCUACUUCCGAGACGGGAAGCGAAGCCAAAGAAAAAGCACAGUCCGCUAAAGAAAAGUAUGAUAUUUUACAUCCUUGUCAUGAUUUGAGCUGACUUUAGUUGAAGGCUUUCCCGAGAAGAGCGAGAAGCCGUUUAUCUUGCAGCCCGGGAACGAAUAUUCGGCAAAGAAGAUAAAUCCGGCGACGCCACACCAGGUAAGUUUUCAGAGAUCUCUGUUAAGACGAUUCUGUCAGUUUACUAAUGAUGAUCUAGAAACCGAAGAAGGGAAUGAAAUGUCGCGUUCUAGCUCCGUUUCCACAAAGGACAAGGGCAAGAGGGGUAAAGUUGGAAAGCAGCGUCGUGAUGACUCCGAAAGCUUCGACGUUCGAUCUCAGUACACCCCAUACUUUCCACAACAACAAGCUCAGCCAGCUUGGAUCCCAACCCAAAACUACACCGCUAUGGGAGUUCAGCAAUACAAUGGUGUCAUGCCAAACAAUUAUCAAAACCAAAUGCAACCUCAAUUUGUUCCACCUCCGCAACCAUUUAAUCCUGCAAUGAUGAACAACGGAAAUAUGCAAUCAUACAAUAAUAUGCCACCGCCGGUAAGUUAAAUCACUUUCCGUUGAUAUAAUAUGUUACCUGACAUUCGAUCAGCAAUUUCCUCCGCAAAAUCAGCCACGUUAUCAACCUCAUAGUGCUCCAAUAACGACAUACGGUACACCUGCACAGUCUCCACAACCUCCGCAACAAUGGAUUCCACAAAAUCAAUACCCUAGUGCCCCGUAUCAAUCACGAGGACCUGUUACAGGAGGACCACCCAACACUAUCCCUUACGCUUUUGGACAAUUGCCUAGCACAGCGAACCCAGCCGAUCCUAAAAGCCAGCACCCGAUACCUGGAAGUUUCAUAAAUAGGCACGCGUUCAAUCCAAAGACUCAGUCAUUUGUCCCCGGCAAUCAGGGUCUUCCGAUUCCGCAGCCCAUGUCUCAUCAUGGGUCUCCUCACCACGGCUCUCCACACCAUGGAUCUCCACAUCUUGGAUCUCCACAUCUAUCUUACAGCAACUUCUCUCCUCCUCAGCAACAGUAUGGGGCUGGAAUGGGUUAUAGCAUGGCGAGACAAGGAUCGAACAACUCCUUGCCCUCGUAUCAUGCAUCUCCACACAUGGCACAUAGGCCAAUGAUGCAUCAGAAUAUGCCGCAAAAUCAUCCUCAAGGCUUACCACAAGCUAUGCCUCAUGGUAUGCCCCAAGGGAUGCCACAGGGUCCACUGCUCAAUGGCCAAGUUGGAAGUCACCUCCCCAAUUUUGGCAACCCGGCAACUUUACCUCCAAAGCCUCCGACUGGCGUUUAGGUGUCUUUUGAGGGAUUACGGAUAUUCUGUGAUGAACAAACGGUGGCGUAUGGUAGCAUUGGUGGAGUUAGUGGGAAAUAUGGGCAUUAAAACAAACUCAUUUUAAGUACCAGGUUUAUAUUGGCUGAUAGACCCACGAUUACAAAUACAAUACAUUUGAUUAUACUGU